AAAGUUAAUAUUGCAGAGGGUGCCCUGCUAGUGAAUCCACUGCUCGCAGAUGCUUGGGUGUUUUCAAACCAAAGCUGAACUAUGUGGAGGGAGAUUCAUGGGAGGAACUUGAUACCAUGGAGAUUGGUCACGGUGCACAGUCAUUGCGUUGGCUUGUUUGGCCAAAGGUUGAUAAAAAUUCGAUGGAGAUGUUGUCAUCCGAAUGUCCCCGCGUUACAGUUAAUCCAAAGCCAUCACUCUUUGGUUUCAAGGGGACUGAAGUUCCAAGAGAGGCACUGCCAGAUAUUGCCUUGGAUGAUCCCUUGGUCAAGGACAUCGAUCCAAAAACUUGGAUUGUUUGUGGGCCUACACUAAGGACCAUGUCUCCGUCUCUCUCAAACCCCACUGAACUAUCCAUUGCAGAAAAAUUUAGACUUGCUUUUGUGGAAAGGGACACACGAUUAGCACCAAAGCGUGCAAAGAAUGCAAGACAACAUCAGCGCCGUGCAGAGAGGGAAUGGAUGAUGUCAAGCCCAAGAGCCAAGGCAUUAGCUUUGGCCUCUCAAGCAAGCAAGUCUCGACAUGGUCGGAGCUAACAUUUGAGAAGUCACGUGCACACAUAAAAGACAACCUUUACUUUUUCCUCGUUUUCCUUUAUUUUGAUAUUCUUUAUUGUAUAAUGGAACAUUUUAAGAUACAUGAGUUAAAUGAAGAAGAGGAUUUUGA